GCCAUGGUUCAGAAGUACCAGUCCCCCGUACGGGUGUAUAAACACCCUUUUGAGUUAAUUAUGGCUGCAUAUGAAAGAAGGUUUCCUACGUGCCCUCUGAUCCCCAUGUUUGUAGCCAGUGACACUGUAAACGAGUACAAGAGUGAGGAUGGGGCCAUCCACGUGAUUGAGCGGCGCUGCAAGCUGGACAUCGAUGCACCACGGCUGCUGAAAAAGAUUGCAGGAGUGGACUACGUCUACUUUGUCCAGAAGAAUUCCCUGAACAGGCGAGAAAGGACUCUGCAUAUAGAAGCCUACAAUGAAACCUUCUCUAACAGAGUCAUCAUUAAUGAGCACUGCUCCUACACAGUUCAUCCUGACAAUGAAGAUUGGACCUGUUUUGAGCAGUCAGCAAGUCUGGAUAUCAAAUCUUUUUUUGGUUUUGAAAGCACAGUGGAAAAGAUUGCCAUGAAGCAAUACACCAGCAAUAUUAAAAAGGGAAAAGAAAUAAUAGAGUACUACCUGAAGCAGCUGGAGGAAGAAGGAAUAACCUUUGUCCCUCGCUGGACCCCUCCUGUUGCAUGUAAAUCAGAGAGCAGCACAUGCCACCCAAGGAGACCAGUGUCACCUGCCAUUAAUAUCCCAGAGUCUGCCACAAAGGAGGGCUUGAGCAACAAGGAGAUCCUCAACACCUCCAGCAGCCCCUCGGAGCCCACCGCAGGAACGCCCGAUGAUAAGCUGGAUGCAGACUACAUCAAGAGGUACCUGGGGGACCUGACCCCGAUGCAGGAGAGCUGCCUCAUCCGCCUGCGGCAGUGGCUCCAGGAGACGCACAAAGGCAAGAUCCCAAAGGAUGAGCACAUUUUAAGAUUCCUGCGUGCUCGGGACUUCAACAUUGACAAAGCAAGAGAGAUCCUUUGCCAGUCACUGACGUGGCGUAAGCAGCACCAGGUGGAUUAUAUUCUGGACACCUGGAAUCCUCCCCAAGUGCUCCAGGAUUACUAUGCAGGAGGCUGGCAUCACCAUGACAAAGACGGGCGCCCGCUGUACGUGCUGAGGCUGGGCCAGAUGGACACCAAGGGCCUGGUGCGAGCGCUGGGCGAGGAGGCCUUGCUGCGCUACGUUCUUUCAAUAAAUGAGGAAGGGCUGAGGCGAUGUGAGGAGAAUACAAAAGUAUUUGGCAGGCCAAUAAGCUCUUGGACCUGUCUAGUGGAUCUGGAAGGCUUGAACAUGAGGCAUUUAUGGAGACCUGGUGUCAAGGCCUUGCUGAGAAUCAUCGAGGUGGUUGAAGCUAACUACCCUGAGACCUUGGGUCGUCUGCUUAUCCUAAGAGCACCUCGAGUUUUCCCAGUUCUCUGGACACUGGUUAGUCCAUUCAUUGAUGACAACACCAGAAAGAAAUUCCUUAUUUAUGCUGGAAAUGACUACCAGGGUCCUGGGGGACUGCUGGAUUACAUAGAUAAAGAAAUUAUCCCUGAUUUCCUUGGUGGAGAGUGCAUGUGUGAAGUACCAGAGGGUGGGCUGGUUCCCAAGUCCCUCUACCGGACAGCAGAAGAGUUGGAAAAUGAAGACAUCAAGCUUUGGACUGAAACAAUCUACCAGUCUGCAAGUGUCUUCAAAGGGGCCCCCCAUGAGGUUCUCAUCCAGAUCGUGGACGCCUCGUCGGUGAUCACGUGGGAUUUUGACGUGUGCAAGGGCGACAUUGUUUUUAACAUCUUCCAUUCCAAAAGAGCCCCACAGCCUCCCAAAAAGGACUCUCUGGGAGCUCACAGCAUUACAUCUCCUGGUGGGAACAACGUCCAGUUGAUAGACAAAGUCUGGCAGUUGGGGCGUGACUACAGCAUGGUGGAGUCUCCCCUGAUCUGCAAAGAAGGGGAGAGUGUGCAGGGCUCCCAUGUGACCAGGUGGCCUGGCUUCUACAUUUUACAGUGGAAAUUCCACAGCAUGCCUGCCUGUGCUACAACCAACCUGCCUCGUGUGGAUGAUGUGCUGGCAUCUCUACAGGUGUCCUCUCACAAAUGUAAAGUGAUGUACUAUACAGAAGUGAUAGGAUCUGAAGAUUUCAGGGGAUCUAUGACCAGCCUUGAAUCAAGCCACAGUGGAUUCUCCCAGCUCAGUGCUGCCACCACCUCCUCUAGCCAGUCCCAUUCCAGCUCCAUGAUUUCCAGGUAGUGCCACAACAGCUGAAAAGCAAAUGGAUGUGAUGGCUGGACCCUCUCCCGUGGCAGCUGACUGCAAUACAGCAUAUUCAACUGGCAAUUGUGCAAAAAAACCCUCACCCCAAAAAGCCUUUUAUAGAUAGUAAAGUAGCUGUUUGAAUUUUA